GGCACAGAGCGGUGUGCACUGCUCGGCUCUAAGUCCCUGCGACGAGUCCAGUCUGUGCUCUAUCGUAGACUAGCCUGCACACUCAGCCGCUUCGCUCUCCUCCCUCUGUUGAAACAGUCUCCCAGAACCCGACCGUCAUGACUUCUGCAUGAACAUCACACAACUAAAUGUGGGACGACCUGCACGAAUCUGUUCAACCCUGGAAAUUCAGACAAUCCUAAAUACUGAGCCUCGCAGACAGUGCUCCUGCCUGAACACCGAGCGACUGAGUGGGCGCUACUGGACUACUGCAGCUUGCGACUCGCAAGAAAGCUUUCCACCUGCACAAGGCUUGCAUGACCAUCACGAAGAUGUCAUGGCGUCCUCAGUACCGCAGCUCCAAGUUUCGGCACGUGUUCGGAAAGCCUGCCACCAAGGAGCACUGCUAUGACGGCGUCCCCAUCACCAGGAGCGUCCAGGACAACCAGUUCUGCGCCGUCAACCCCUGGUUCAUCGCCGUGGUCACCGAGUGCGCUGGAGGCGGAGCCUUCCUCAUCCUCUCUCUUAACCAUACAGGAAAAGUGGACCCUCACCACCCGCGGGUUUCUGGACACAAAGGAAACGUCCUGGACAUCAAAUGGAACCCUUUCGAUGACCUCUGCAUCGCCUCGUGCUCGGAGGACUGCACGGUGAAAAUUUGGGACAUUCCGAAGCACGGGCUGCUGAGGAACCUGACCGUACCCGUGAAGGAGCUGCAGGGUCACUCCAGAAGGGUGGGGCUCAUCGAGUGGCACCCCACCGCAAACAACGUCCUGUUCAGCACGGGCUACGACUACAAGGUGAUGGUGUGGAAUCUGGACUGUCCGGAGCAGGUGAUCAAGAACCCCGUGAAGACCAUCAGCUUCCACACGGACGUGGUCCUCUCCAUGUCCUUCAACACCGACGGCAGCCUCAUGGCCACUUCCUGCAAGGACAGGAAGAUCCGUGUCAUCGACCCCCGCGCUGGGACCCUCGUGCAGGAGGGUAAAAGCAAGUCGCAGAAGGUGAACAAAGUGUUGUUCCUUGGAAAUCUGAAGAUGAUCUUCUCAACAGGAAAUUCAACGUGGAACAACAGGCACGUUGCCCUGUGGGAUCAGGACGAUCUCUCGAGGCCUUUGGUAGAAGAGGACCUGGACGGUUCCUCAGGAGUUGUGUUUCCCUUCUAUGACCCCGACACCCACAUGCUCUAUCUUGCUGGAAAGGGAGAGGGUUAUAUCCGAUACUAUGAGUUGAAUUCAGAGAAGCCUUACAUGCAGUACCUGAACGACUACCGCUCUCACCUACCUCAGAAGGGGCUGGGUGUUAUGCCAAAGAGAGCUCUGGAGGUCAGAUCCUGCGAGGUGUUCAGAUUCUAUAAGCUGGUGACGACGAAGAGCGUGAUCGAGCCGCUGUCCAUGAUCGUCCCCCGGAGGUCGGAGUCGUACCAGGACGACAUCUAUCCCAUGACCGCGGGGAACCGGCCAGCUCUGAGUGCGGCCGAGUGGCUCAGCGGACAGGACAAAGGGCCCGUCCUGAUAUCACUGAAACCGGGAUGGAAGCCAGAGGAAGUGUACUCGGACCUCACCCCCGGAAAACCCCAAAACAACAACUCCCUGGAGUCCAAAUACGCCCAGAUUCGCUCUGGCCUGCCCCAGCAGCCCGUGAUCGAAGACCGCCUGCAGGCCAAAGAGGGCAAGGAGUCCAACGCCUUCAACGACAUGUCCAACGGCCGCGACCCCUUGCCGUGUUCGCCCCCGAAAACAGAGAAUGAGCUCUUGCAGACGUUUUAUCGGCAGCAGGAGGAGAUCUGUUCCCUGCGGGAGGCUCUGGCCCAGAGAGAUGUGCGGAUAACGCAGCUCGAGCUGGAGAUCAUGAACCUCCGCAACACCUCCACCUGAACCCCGUCCCACCUCCACCCAAAAUCCCCCGGCACAACUGCACCUAAACCAUUACCC